GGCUAUCUCGUCGUUUUGCCUGACUUCUUUAAGGGUGCGUUUCAGGACGUGGGUUCCGAUCCAGGUUUCUGGGAGAUGCUGCGCCAGGCGCCAACGGUGCUCACGCCCCUGAAUACUCCGUGGGCGGAUGUAGAGCAAGACCUGGAGGUGAGCGUGCUCCCAUUCUUGGAGGAGCAAGGGUGUGUGGACAACGCCGGCGUCCUUGGCUUCUGCUGGGGCGCCUGGGUGGUAGCUCAUGGCUGCGCCCGCUUUGGCUUCCGCUGCGGCGCCAUGGCGCACCCCAGCAUACACAAUUUGACGCUGCGCUGGGGCGAAGACGAGGAGGCGCUUUUGUCCGGGAUCAACGUCCCCCAGCUGGUGCUGGCAAGCAAGGACGAGCCUGAUACCUGGAAGCCCGGUGGCCGCGCAGAGAGGCUGUUGAAGUCGGAGAGCAGCAUCUUCAAGGAGUUCCCUUCCAUGAGCCACGGCUUCGUGCCUCGCGGCGACUUGAAGGACAGCCAG